CACCCAGUCAUCAGUCACAUCUGCUUUCCUGCACAGAGAGAGCGCCAUAAAACAUGAAGGUUUUGUUACUCUUUGCUGUUUUCUUCUGCUUGGUCCAAAGAAACUCAGGGGACAUACCACCUGGAAUCAGAAACACCGUGUGCUUCAUGCAGCGGGGCCACUGUAGGCUCUUCAUGUGCCGUUCUGGGGAGAGAAAGGGGGAUAUUUGCUCUGACCCCUGGAACAGAUGCUGCGUAUCCAGUUCCAUUAAAAACAGAUGAUAGAAGACUCAUUGGAAGAUCUGAGAUGUGGGGUGCAAGCUCUUGGAAGCUGGAGACCUGGAAGCACCCCAAAGGCUUUGAGUAUGUGUGGCUGAUGGUGCGUGCUCAAUAAACACUUGCUG